UCUCGCAGCAAAGUAGAUUCCGCGGCAAAUCAGAUACCAAUCGAAAGAUCACCGAAGAAAACUGAAAUCACGAGAUCGGAGAGAGAGAGAGAAAGAGAGAUCUUCAAUGGCGGAUUCGGACGCCGAGAGGCCGCUGAGAAAAAUCUCGACCGCUUUCAAGGAACUAGCGGCCACCGUGAAUUCGCCGAGUCCAGAAGUGCCUGUGGCGCAAUUCUCUCACGCUUGCUCUCUAGUAUCGCCUCUCUUUGGUUGCCUCGGUAUAGCCUUCAAGUUCGCAGAGAUGGAUUAUGUUGCCAAGGUUAAUGAUCUUGCGAGGGCGUCGAGUUCAGUGUCGACAUUACUGGUAAUGGUGGAUAAAGAUAUUGAGGCAAACUGUGUAAGGAAAGCUGGUAGUCAUACAAGAAACCUCUUGAGGGUAAAGCGUGGUCUUGACAUGGUUAGGGUUCUCUUUGAACAGAUAAUAGCUUCUGAAGGUGAUAACUCCUUAAAGGAUCCAGCAUCUAAAUCUUAUGCUCAAGUGUUUGCUCCCCACCAUGGAUGGGCUAUACGGAAAGCUGUUUCUGUAGGGAUGUACGCUCUUCCCACAAGGGCUCACCUACUUAAGAUGCUCAAUGAGGAUGAGGCAGCGGCUAAGAUAGAGAUGCAAAGCUAUGUAAAUGCAUCGGCACCAGUAAUCACGUAUCUUGAUAAUCUAUUUCUCUCCAAGCAACUUGGUAUUGAUUGGUGAAGAACCUGAAUGAAGACUUUAUAAGAAUCUAUUUUUCUCAUACUAAAAUAACUUAUGUUCUCAUCAAGCCAUGUACUGUCAUAACAACAGCUAGAAGCCAGAUGAACGAAUUUGAUUCGGUCCUUAUCUUGGUCUGUGCGUGCAUUUGUCUAAUGUGGCAGUAACACACUUCUCAUGUGUUCUGUUCAUGUAAUGACAAUGUGCAGGUCCGUAUCAAACUAUGUAAGCAUAAAGAAAAGUUUACUUUUUGAGUGGGUGAAUAACAACAAGACGACACUUGGCUAA